AUGCCUGCAUUAAUCAGCAUUCUGGGCCGUCUAUCCACGAACAGCCAAUCUUCAAAACCGUGUCCCCCGAUCCCAAUCCCGGAAAAGUUCGCAAUCGGUAAUAAUUAUAACCGAUGGGAGAAGCAAACACAAAUCUACCUUCGACACUUUCCACAUGAGAAACACGCCGACCUGGUGUAUAGCCUGCUCACUGGUGAAGCAUUCGAUAUUGUCUCCGAAUCCCGAAUUCUAGAUGACGAGGAGUUUCACUCCCGCCGGCAACUGGCUGACGAAAAUGUCCGCGCCUACGUUCGAACUCUGCGACAUUUAGCAGACCGCGUAUUUCCAAACCUGUCCAGCUCCGAGCGCGAUCGGCGGAUCUUAGAACAACUCGUCGAGGGCACAUCAUCCACCAGCGCCCGAAAAGAGUUCUAUCUUCAACACCCUGAAGAAUUAAACGAAGCCGUUGAAAAAGUCGAACUGUUGGAGAGACGCGACGCAGCGAUAGCCCGCCAGAGCGGAGUGCAUUCCCCUCACACACCCUAUUCUCUCCAUGUUGGAACUACCCGAUACGCACCACCGCGAAGUACAGCCAACUCCCGCCGACCCGGAAGCUGGACUUGGCGNCACUCCAUAUCCAACGAGGGCCUUGGAGCGGAACCAGAAGAGGUGAGCCCUCAUCAAAUAUAA